AUGACAAUUCUUACAAUAUCCUCAUUCUCAUUUCUUCUUCUCAUUGCAGCUGCCUGUGUUAGCCUCUGCCAUGGCAAUUCCAAUGUGCUUUGCAUUGGAAGUGAGAGAGACGCUCUUUUGAAGUUGAAGAAUGAUCUGAUCGAUCCCUCAAACACCCUAUCUUCUUGGGUUGAAGGUGGGGAUUGCUGUCAUUGGAAUGGUGUCGUCUGCCAUAACUCAACAGGCCACGUCCUCCAACUGCACUUGCCUGCUCCUUUUUCACCUCCUGAUGAUUGGGCACCACUUGCUGAACUGGAAGCCUACCGUCAUUCAGCUCUAGCAGGCAAAAUAAAUCCUUCUCUGCUGGAGUUGCAGCAUCUCAAUUGGCUUGACCUGAGCAAUAACAAUUUUAGCAGCAUUCAAAUCCCUGAGUUUUUGGGUUUGCUGGGUAGUUUAACACAUCUUAACCUCACUCAAGCAGGAUUCCGGGGAGCAAUUCCUCGUAACCUUGGGAAUCUCUCAGAGUUGCAGUAUCUUGACCUCGGAGGUAAUUAUUUAUCGGAAGAAGUGAAAAGUCUUCAAUGGGUUUCUGGACUUUCUUCUUUGCGGUACCUUGAUUUGAGUGAUGUGGAUCUUCGGAAUGCAACUGAUUGGCUGCAGGUAACAAUAUCCAAUCUUCCUUCUUUGUUAGAGUUGCACUUGUCUGGUUGCAUGUUACAAAAUGAUACAUCUCCGAUCAGCACUGUUAAUUUUACAAAUUCACUAGCCGUUCUUGAUCUUUCUGGGAACAAAUUAUCUUCAGUUCCUAUGUCGAUAUUUGGUCUUCAUGGUCUUGUGUCGCUUGAUCUUAGAGGUAAUAAUUUGGAAGGCCCAAUUCCAGAUUACUUUGGGAACAUGUCGUUUCUUAAAGUUGUUGAUCUUAGUUCCAACUCGCUCAAUUCAUCCAUACCCAACUCCUUGUAUAGUUUAAACCAUCUUCAAUUCCUUGGCCUUAGAUUUAGCCACUUAAAAGGAGAAAUUUCGAGUGCUAUUGGAAAACUUGAGCUCUCUCAUUCACCUUGA